AUGAAAAACAGGAGUCUAUUCGGCGGCGUUGUCUCCGCUCUCCUCCUGGGAGCCCACGCUCAGUUCCCCCCAAAAAGGGAGGGCAUCACCCCCGGACUAUGCGAAACAACGCCAGGCGUCAAGUCGUAUUCGGGAUACGUCCAUCUUCCGCCCAACUUUCUCGAGGACGGAGACCAGGACUAUCCCAUUAACACCUUCUUCUGGUUCUUCGAAGCCCGUAAGGACCCAGCCAAUGCCCCCUUGGCCAUAUGGCUGAACGGCGGUCCAGGGGGUUCGUCCAUGAUGGGCCUGUUGGAGGAGAACGGCCCCUGUUUUGUCGCGCCGGACUCUAAGUCGACAUACCCCAAUCCCUGGAGCUGGAACAACGAGGUCAACAUGCUCUACAUUGACCAGCCCGUGCAGACCGGCUUCUCGUACGACGUCCUGACCAACGUGACGAUACAGCUGGAUGUCGAGGACCCGUCCGAGCCCGUCAUCACGCCCACCAGCUUCACCGACGGCGAGAUCCCCGCGACCAACAACACCUUUUGGGUCGGGACCAUGGGGAGCCAGAAGGUGUCCCAGACCACCAACACCACGGAGCGGUCCGCCCACGCCAUGUGGCACUUUCUGCAGACGUGGCUGUUCGAGUUCCCACACUACCGGCCAGACGACGGCAAGAUCAACCUCUGGGCCGAGAGCUACGGUGGGCGCUACGGGCCGGGCUUCUUUCGCUUCUUCCAGGAGCAGAACGAGCGGAUUGCCAACGGGAGUUUGUCGCACCCUGGGGCGCGCCCCUUACAACUCGGCACUCUAGGCAUCAUCAACGGCGCCAUUGACUGGUCGAUCCUUGCGGAAGCCUGUUUCGACUUCCCCUUUAACAACACCUACACCCCCCCGCUCUACCCCCCCUCCCUACACACCUCCCUCCUACACAACUGGACGCGCCCCCACGGCUGGCACGCCCAACUCCUCGCCUGCCAAACCGCUCUCCUCUCCCCCCACCCCAACCCCAACCCCCCCAACACCAACAUCUCCACCCUCUGCACCACCACCCUCGCCACCCUCGAAGCGGCCUGCUUCGACACCUACACGACCACCGCCCGCCGCGGACCCUACGACAUCGCCCACCCGGCGGCGGACCCCUUCCCGGCGCCGCACGCGCGCGGCUGGCUGGCGCGCGGGGAGGUGCUGGCCGCGCUGGGGGUGCCGGUCAAUUACACGGCGGCGUCGGCGGCGGUGGCGGGGGCGUCUGAGCGGUCGUGGGAUAUGCUGAGGGGGGGGGAUUUUUUGCCGCGUGGUGGGGGGAGGGUGGCGCGCGGGGUGCGGUGGGAAGGGAGGGAGGUGUUUGGAAGGGGCGCGGGGUAUGCGAGGUUGGUGGUGGAGGGCGGGGAGGAUGGAAUGGGGGAGGACUGGGAGUGGAAGGGCUUGACCAAGCAGGUCGGUUCGUUCAGUUUCACGCGCUUGUUCCAGGCCGGGCAUGAGGUGCCCGCGUACCAGCCGAGGGCGUCGUACGAGGUGUUUCGGCGGGCCAUGGGCGGGUGGGAUGUGCCGACCGGGAGGGUGAGGGUCGGGGACGGGUUCGUGACGGAGGGCCGGCGGGAUGCCUGGGUGGAGAGUGAGGUGCCCGAGAUGCCGAGCCCCAAGUGCUACGUGCUGAAGCCGGAUACCUGCGAGCCCGAGGUGUGGCAGACGGUGGUGAAUGGGACGGCCGUGGUGAGGGAUUGGUUUGUUGUUGAGGGGACGUCGUUGGAAGAGGCCCAGGGGGGGUUGGGAGGGGAUGAACUAUGA